CCAUUUCUUCGGGGAACGCUAGAAGUUUGGAGUUAAAAAACUAGAAGCAGAGAGGAGAAAGAAGGAAACAGGAAAGGGAAAAAUAACAAAGGGAAGAAGGUUUGUUAAAAAAUAGAAAAAGAAAACAAGAAAAACUCUUCUUUGCACCUUUAUCCUCUCGUUUCUCCCACGGUGAGGUUAGUAGCAAGCGGAGUAGGAGACGAGAGAGGGCACUGGGUUGUCUUGGAGAUAGUGAUGGUGGAUCCCCUCGAAGAGGCGCCGGAGGGUGGCCUCGCCGCCGCCGACCUCCUUCUCCUUGACUUCCCCUCCGACAUCGAGCUCAACCCUCCCCCACACCGCCGGAACCCUAGCCCCAUGCCCCCGUCCACCGCCGGAGGGCUUCAGGACCAGUCCCUCCUUGAUAUCCUCGAAGAUUCCGCGGACAUCCCCGCCGUCGACGGCCUUCCGGGCCUGGCGGCGGAGGGAGGAGGAGGAGGAGGAGGUCAAGAGGAGGAGGAGCUGGAGUGGCUGUUAAACAAGGACGCGUUUCCGGCGCUGGAGACGUCUUUUGAAAUCCCCACCCACUUGCGGAGCAGCGGCAGCGGCGGGACCGGGAGCAGCGGCGGCGCCUCCUCCGGGGCUGUUGCGGGGAGAACGAGCCCAGUAUCGGUCCUGGCCGCGGCGGCGCCGUUCAGGGUGCCGGGGCGGCCGAGGAGCAAGGGGCGGCGACGGAGGGUCCUGGCCAGGGUGUCGCCGGCGCCGGUGGCGAGGGAGGCGAAGGACAGGCGGCGGUGCCGGCACUGCGAGGCGGAGGAUACGCCGCAGUGGAGGGCGGGGCCGGAGGGACCGAAAACGCUGUGCAACGCGUGCGGGGUGCGGUACAAGUCCGGGAGGCUGGUACCAGAGUACCGACCGGCCGCCAGCCCGACCUUCUCCGCCGCCAUCCACUCCAACUCCCACCGACGCAUCAUGGAGAUGCGCUGCCAAAACCUCACCCGCGGCCGGCCCCGUCCGGCAACUCCCGUUUCUCGGCCGGCGUUGUAACCCAACCCGGAAAACCCUUGGGAAAUGGCCUCUUUUUUAAUCCAUAUUUCCUUAUUUUCGAAAACUCGCUUCUUUUUGUCCUUUAUUAGUAGGCUUUUUUCUAAAUUUGAGGGAGAAUAAAAGGGUUAGCUUAAAUGGUGUUUAUUUGUUCAUUUAUUUCUUAUACGAUUAAAAAAAAAACAGAGAAUAUUAGCACCGUUGGAGAGGGGUUGGGAU